AUGACUCGGCGACUUGUUCUUCUUUUGAGUCUCUACCUAGCGGCGGCUGUGGACGGUCGAUGCUAUUGCGGAGUCCCCGCUGCGUGCAACGACCUUGAGGCGCAGUCCGAGUGCAACCGCGCCAACGACCAAGUGACCGACAUGGUCAACUCGGCCGGUCGCAACGCCGACCUCUACCUCGAAGGUCUUCUCUUCAAGAACACAUCAGUGACGCCAGCGCAAACGUCGUACCUCCGGUCCAAGCUUUCGGAAGCCUUCGAGUGGGGCAAGCCCGUCGGCGACUGCUCCGACGGCCUCACCACGAGCACGCACCUCGCCAACGCCAUCGACAUUUGCGUCUCCAUGCCGCUCUUCCAGCAGUGCGAUGCGCUGGCAAAGUCUGUGCCGCAGUACUUUAGCAACAUCCACAACGUACUCUCGGAGCGGCUGCUCGCAGACGGCGCCACCAGCUCCGUGCCCGGCAUUCUCGAGAAAGACAAGCUGACGACGCUCGCAACCGAGUUUGUCCACGUGAUGAAGGUCCGCACCUCGAUCACGCGCGAGUCCAACAAGAUUCGCUGCAAGGGAUACAACGCGACCACCGAGAUUCUACUUCGGCCGUCGUCUGCGUGGACGAGCCAAUUGUCUUUCGCCGCCAUCGCGACCAUCAUUCUCAAGAUUCAGCCAGAAAACUUGCUAGAAGAUCGACGAUGUCACUUUGCCUUUUUCCUCCCAAUGGUCGCACUACUGCUCGUGUUGGCUUUGCUCGCGACGCUCGUCGACGCGCGCUGCUACUGCCCGCCGCAGUGCAGCUUCCCUGCCUGCACGAGUAAAAGCGACUACCGACGCAGCUCGUGCAACGACCUCGAGGCGCAGUCCGAGUGCAACCGCGCCAACGACCAAGUGACCGACAUGGUCAACUCGGCCGGUCGCAACGCCGACCUGUACCUCGAAGGUCUUCUCUUUAAGAACACAUCUGUGACGCCGGCGCAAGCCUCGUACCUCCGGUCCAAGCUCUCGGAGGCCAUGGAGUGGGGCAAGCCCGUCGGCGACUGCGCGAAUGGGCUCACGACCGACACGCACCUCGCGACCAUCAACGACAUUUGCUUUUCAAUGCCGCUCUUCCAGCAGUGCGACGCGCUGGCAAAGUCUGUGCCGCAGUACUUUAGCAACAUCCACAACGUCCUCGCCGAGCGGCUCUUGGCCGAAGAGCUCAACAACACAAUCUCUGGCAUCGUCGAGAAGGGCAAGCUGACGCCGCUCUCGACCGAGUUUGUCCAAGUGAUCAAGUUGCGCGACUCGAUCCAGCGCGAAGCCAACAAGAUUCGCUGCAAGGGCUACAACUCGACGGUCGAAAUCAUCCAAAACAGCGCUGGGACGACCUCAACACUGCGCAUGACGGUCCUCGUCCUCACCGCCAUCGCCUUCCUCUUCGCAUUCUAACAUUAUAACCUAUCAAUAAGAAUAAGAUU